UCUGGUUCCUUUGAGGAGGCUCUAGCUGGCAGGAUCCCUGACACUGGUGUCACUCUCUGGCUGCCUGCUGUCUCGAGCCAUGGCUGCACAGCUGGUUGUGGCUCUGCUGGCUCUCAGCUCCCUGGGUGCCGCAUCUGAACUGGACUGUAAAGAGCUGGUCAAGCCUCUGGUACUGGACAGCCACAGCCCCAUCUAUGGGAAGUGGGUGCUUCAUGUGGGGUCGUGGGACCAGCCCGGCCUGAAGAGCGACUUGGUGUCGGCGAACAGCUCCUGGGUGGAGCUGUCGGCGUCCUCGGACAGCGGAGUCAUCACCAUCUACUGGGCCGACCGCCUAAAUGAUGAGAAAUGCCUUCAGGGUUUAGCCAAUGCCACCAUCUCAGGAAUGACUAGCCAUACCACUUUUAACAUCAAUGGCCACACUUCAUAUCAUGAUGGGAAGUACUAUGAGACCUGUGCCGACUGCCUCCUGUCCGAAGAUACCACCCUCCUUCCUGACGGCAAGUCAAAAGGACGAUAUCUUUUUCUCUUUACACGGACCGGCACUCUGGAGCCAUCUGAGUUGGAGACCUUCAAGAAGCAGGCGGAGUGUCUUAAAUUCCUCCCAGAGUACCACUUUGUAGGCACAGAUCUGUGUCCAGAUGACAGGGAAACUGCUGCACCUGCUGUCGAGAAUACAGAGAAUGAUCAAACUGAUGCUCAGCCCACAGCAAAGUAAAGCAGAGCACAGAAGUGCCAGUGCUCAACAUGUUCUAAAUAAUGUUGUAAUGUGAUCUGCUUGUGGACUGACGUAGUCUUGUGUUUUGAAAUAAUUUUUAAUUUGUUGUUCAGUUGGUUUCAGCGGCAACAAAGUUCAACGGCUGCUGGUGUCACAUCAUGUUACUUCAUUAGUUUAGUUUAACAAAUCUACUUAAAUGUCUCCUUUAAUGCCUCCACUAUUUUCCACUGGUUGUGCACGGUAAAUAAAAAAAAAAUUCAGUCUCCCUC